CAGGAUUAUUGAAGACCACAAGUCCCAGGAAGACAAACUGCAGCAAUCUUCACUUUGUACCUCCAGGAGCAGCCCAAGAUGCAAACACCCCUUGUCUGCUUGUGCCUGUGCCUGCUCAGCACAGCCCUCGCCACACCUGUGCCACCGCCGCUGCCUGGGAGAGGUGCUGGGAACUGUGUGGGACAACACCGGAUACUUCUGAAAAGCUGCAACGCCAAGCACGGCUUCUACAUUUUCAAAUAUGUCUACUCAUUCUCAACGCGGAGGAACCAGACACAGAUAAAGAAAGAAGAGGCUGACCAGCAGAGUAUCAUCCCCAGCCACCGGCUGGAUGAGGGCAAUGCCAGGCAGGAGCCACCGGCUGGGUCAGCUGGCACAGCCCCAGAGCACAGUGACAACAGCAGCACUGAAGUAAUUGAGUAUGGGAUUGUCUUCAAACCUGAAAACCGCAGCACCCCAGGCAUCAGCAGGGAUGGUCCCAGUCCUCACCCUGGCAUCGGCACACGAGCGCGUGGCAGUGGUGGUGGCAUGGGUCCCACCCCAUCCAGCUCAGAGGGCAGCGGCGAUCUGGAUUUGGUGGUGGAAGUUGAUGGCGGUGUUCCCAUUCUUCCUCAGGGUGAACGCUCCAGUGAGGUUGUGGUGGGGAACAGGUCCAGGGUCAGGAGUGAGAAUAAGGAUGAUGGUGCCCCCAGCGUGGUUCCAGUGGUGGGAGCCGUGACUGCUGGGAGAGGGAGGGCCCCUACUACCAGAGGAGCAGGGGAUGAGGGCAGUGGGGAGGCCACUGUCUCUGGCCAAGGGCAGGAGGGUGUUAAACAGGAUACAGGGACAGGAGGCAUUGCUUUGUCCUCUGUCACUGAAAAGAUGGAGGAUGUCCAAGUGGAUGCUGAAGGUGUGGAUGAAUACGCUUACGUCCCCGAUUCAGGCAGUGUCACCAUCACCCGUGGGAGCCUGGGCAGUACAGACAGGGCCGACGGCUUCACCCAGGUCUCUCCAGGCAAGGAUGAUGAAGUAAACAUCUUCAUUGGGAGGGCCAACAUCCGUGUGGGGGAGCAGGUAACCACCCAGGCUGGUGUCACAGCGAGUAGGGAGAAUGAUGGCAUCCCCACUGUGGGGAGCAGCAGGCCCCUCCGCAGGCUGGAUGUCACUGCAGCACCUAGUGGUGAUGGAGACGACGGCAUUCCUGCCCGCAGGCAGCCUGAAAGACUGGCCACCACAGCCACCCCAACCCAUGGGGACAGAGUUACCAGCAGCCUCAGGGAUGGCCGUCUCACUGGAGAGGAUGAGGAAGGUGACACCACCGUUGGUGUUGAUAGGGGACUGGUAACCCCUGUCCCCUGGAGAGUCACUAGUGGUGACAUUACCAGCCCCACAGUGGCCAGCAUCCAUGGGAAAGAUGAUGAUGAGGUGAGAGGAGAGGGGCAGAAGUCCAAGGGGAAGCCAGACCAUGUGGCUACCACGACCUCCCACCACCGGGAUGACAUGGAGGCCACUGUCACUGUCCCAGCCAAGGGGGCCAGCAUCCACCCAGCCACUACUGAGGGGGACCGCACCACCCCAUCCGUGACAGCCAGCAGCCACAAGGCAGGCACGGGUCCUGUGCUCGGCAGAGGAGGGAGCGGUGAAGUGGGGACAGCCACCUCCACACCCUCCCGUGUAGAGGCACGGCCCGGGGCAGGGGUGAGGGUCCGUCCAGGGGGAGCAGGGCUGGACAAGCCACCCAGGGUGGACAAAGCACCAUUCCCAAGGGGGAAACCCGGCAGCUGGGCGUCGAGCCGGGCCCAGACAAGUGUUGGCGGCUAUGAUGGCGAUGCUGGGGGCAGGUCUCAUGCCACCAAAGCAGGAGCCAGCCCCGCUCCGCAGGCAGGGCAAGACACGGGCAGCAAGGCAGCAGGCCGGGGCCAGGAGCGGGGGCGAGGCGCAGAGAGCGGGACAGCAGUGCCAGGGGCGGGGGGCAGCCGCCUGCCCGGGCAGCAUGGCAGGAGGCUGGGGGCUGGGGCGCCGGGCACCAUCGCGGCGCUGGGCCGCAGCCGGCAGCUGGACCAGGUGAAACGCGCCGACGAGCUCCAUGUCCGCGAGCGGGCCUUCUACAGCCUCGGCGGGGCGGGCGGCGGCCCCCACGGCCCCUACCCCGGCCUCGGGAGCGCCGACAGCAGCCAGUCCUCCGAGGGAGACCGGGGCAGCCACAGUGAGAGUGGACAGACGGGACUGCAGCCCUCAGGGUGGGGAUCCCCAGGGUACCCCCAAGGCCACUGGAUCCAGGGGCCGCUCUGAGGCGCGGCCAGUAUCCACCCCGGUAGCUCCAGCGGUGGAGCCGGGGGGUAACUCGCCGUGUUUUCCCCUUGGCAUCCUCCCUGUGGGCUCUACUCUUGCCUGGGUGAGGGGCAGGUUGCUGGGGGGCACACGGUGCUUCACAGCCCAGGAACCAAAAAUCACUGGUUCAUGCAAUCUGCUGUUAAUCUGGGGGAGGCUGCGCAUGGCACCGCAGCAGGAAUGCACGGGUGUGCUGUGCCAGACAGCCAGGGAACAGCAGCUAUGCUACAGGGCAUAGGGUAGUGGUGUUUGUGCACUGAUGCGAAGCAACUAAAGAAGCAGUGAGAAAAAGCCUCUGUCCUUGUAGUUUCACUUCCAGCCUACUGAAGAAAUAAAGGCAUUUCUGUACCUGAGGAUCUGCUGACUCUGGUGUUUGCAAUGGGACUUCAGGCAGUCACUGCCACAAGCAGCCUGCUGGGGGUGGGCUGGUCCCUGGGCAUAAGGGGAUUUCUGGCCCCAGCACAUCCCUGGCCCUGCCAUUUCUUGUGGGACUGCAAUUUGGCCAACAAGCCCCACACAUCCCUCCCUUGGGAUACCAGAUCCUGCCCAGGGCCAUGGGCAUCCCUGGGCUUGCUAGGGAGGCCCACAGAGCAUCCUUCCCCUCGGUUCAUCCACCUCCCCCAGCAAGAAGUCUCCAUCAUGCCCUCCUGAUGGUACAUUUCCUGGCCAUACUGUCCUUCCAGGAGCACCAUAACACUCUGACUGUGCCAUCACCACUCCUGCCAUUGGUCCCCACACACAGGCCAGACUGGGCUUCGACACACUGGAGCCAUGUCCUCAGUGUUAAUCAGAGUUAAUCACUGUUUAUGCAAUUGCAGGUUGCUUUUUCUGUCUGAGAAGCUGCUAAAGCAGGAGUGUUCAGGAGCAUGCCAGAGUGAAGGGCAUAGUGGGAGAGGCAUUGAGCCUCGAGCAGAGAGGUAUUGUCUCAGCACAUGCUGAGGGAACUCACCACCAGUGCUGUCCCCAUGCAGGGAGCAGGUAGGAGCAGCCAGGAGCAGCCAUGGUAUCAGUGAAGUACCCACAGAGUGCCUGCUUCCCUGCCCUCUGCACACCUGCAUGCAGGGAAGUGGCAGAUCCUGUUAUGGGACACAGAAUCACAAGAUUAUUUGGGUUGCAAGGGACCAUAAAGACCAUUUAGUUUCAACUCCCCUGACACAGGCAGGGAUGCCACUCUCUAGACCAGGUUGCUCAAAGUUCCAUCCAACCUGGCCUUGAACACUUCCAGGGAUGAAACAUCUAUAGCUUCUUGCAGCACCUUGGUACUAAGGGAUCAUACAUAGUUGAUUCGUGCUGGAACACUAGGACACUGUGGCUUACUGGAGCUAUCAGUUACCACCAGCUCUUGGGACUUUGCUUUGCUACUGCUCAUGCCCUCCAGCAGAAAAAGUCAAAAUUGCACGUGCCCACUAUGGCCCCCACCAGGAUAUUAGGCCCUGGUGACUUCAGGGAAGCUGCUCUGUGUACCUUGGUCCCAGUGGUGCAGAGACAUGGAGAUUUAGGCAGCCUGUGGCAAGGAUUUGCCUGCAGCUUCCCAGGCUCGAGGUAGCAUGCAGAAGACCCCAAGGGCUCAUGGACCUCCCAUGCUGGCCCAUCUGGCUCAGACUAAAAGGUGCUGUAGGGCUGCUGCCAGUCUGGGCUCGAUAACUCACCCCUGGAAUUGCCACAGCACAUCACAGCCCCAGAUUUAUGGACUAUGGAAAUGCUCUGGGGGUCCAGGGCUCGGCAUGAUUGCCUGGCAAAUGAAGAGGGUGGGUUUGGGGUCUCACCACUGACAGGGUUGGAACUAAGGAGUUUGCAGCCCCAGCGUAGUGCCCAGGCCCCUCCAUCCUCAGUCCUUACCAUACCCUUGUCCAAAGGAUUAAGCAACAUCCUUAAGUGAGGGCUGGGCACCAUCUAGUGGAAUAAAAAGCCUGUUGCUGGGAAUGUUUUGUGCCUGUUGAAUGAUGCCCAUUUCUGCCUGAUGCUGGCGUGGGCACUGCUGCCAUCUUGUUCCACUGCUUCCCUGAGGUCCUGGGGAGCGCUGCCUGAAUGGCGAGGUCAGGUGUAAAACUGGCUAGUUCAGGUAAAAAUGGCAUACACAUAAACCAGCACUGCCUCCUUGCACAGUCACUGCAAAAGCACCUGGAAUAUUUGUGCUGUGACUCUGGCUCUACAGCUGGGAGAAUACAGUAUUUUGGUAUGCUCACCCUGAGCCCCCUGCUCAACACCACAAUGCUGCCUGCCCCUGCUCUUUCAAAACUCACCUGCCAAAGAGCACAAGAGGCCACUGAAUAUAAAAAGUGCAAGUUUCCCUAGGAAAAUGUUUUCCCAGAGUAUUGGAGCAAAGCAGGGAGCUGGUUUUUCCUUGCAGUGAAGGGUGAGCAGAUGAGGGCUGGCAGGACGGGGGUUGGCAGGGUAACACUGCCCACCCCUCAUGCUCAAACACCUGUAAGCAAGCUUACAGCUGAGCUAGAGGUAGUCACCAGGUCUGGGAGAGGUUCUUCUGUGGCCCUUUGCUCUUUGGCUUGGCUGAGCUGUGUGUUUUUGAGAAAAGAUUUAAUUCAGACUUUUAAUAAAUAUACAUUUACAUUGUGUUCCUUGUUUUUGGGGUUUUUUUGUUGUUUGUUUGGUUUUUUUUAAAUCAAGAGCAGCAGUGAUUUUUCUACAGGUUUUUCUUCACUCUGGGGCAGCAGAGGCUGUUGCUGAAGUGAUUUAAGGUCAUUCAUCCCACCUUCUAAGUGCAUGAACCCAAGUGAAGAGUGAUAUGUACUGUCUGAGGGUACAGAACAAAAAAAUUAAUUGUCCCUAAAAUCCCAGCCACUCUUAUGAAUGCUAAUUGUGGUCAUGUGGCCAGGCAAGUAUGAGUACACACUACUGCUUCAGGCCAGCAAGGUUGCAAAGAACUGCUAAAAUGCAUUUCAAAAGAAGUCUAAAAACCAAUGAUGUGCUCUGAGGAACCAUUCAAAUGGAGUUUUGAACUGUAUGUUUUCAGCUACAGAGAUCAGUGCUGGCUGUAUGGACGGGGCAGGUGGUGCCCAGCACAAAUAGUCCUUCUCAGAUGUUUUGUUGGCUGUGGGGUGGUAGCAGGAACCUCCCAGAAAGACAAGGGUGCCUUCCCUGUUGUAACACCAUGGUUAUUCAGAAGAGGGCUGUAAGAAUCCGUGUCUGGACGGGCUGUUCGGGUCCAAUCCAGCCAGCCAUGGACCCCAGCCCACACGAUCUUACACAGGACAAAAGGCAAAAGACAAGAACUGCUCUCCUCCAUGUGGGGACAAAUGUCCUCACUUUAUUGGCUUGAUAGGAGACACCAGAUCAGGCGACCCCCCAGAUGGAAAAGAGGCCAGGCCAGCUGCCUCUAGGGGAUUUCAAGAACUCGGAAAAGGGGGCUGGAGGAGAAGGACCACAGCUAAUAGGUACAAGUGAUGGGAGGGGUGAGGCAGGAGCUGACCAGGGGAGAGACCACUAC